UGUUGCUGUGUGUUUGCAGCGGUAGCAGCUUUUGUAGCCCGGGCAGCCUCAUUCUGUUGGAUGAUGGGCCCCUGUGUCCUGCUGGUGGCUGUCACUGUCUGUGUGGGUGCUCUGGGCACAUUUGCCAAGCCCCUGGGAAGUGUCCCCCGUGAUGAUGUUGGAAUGUCACACCGGUUCCGCAGGAGCCUGCCAGCGGGUAUUCCUUAUGAUACAGAUAUGAUGUCCUACUUACCCUCAGAAUCCCUGCAAGAGGAGGCUUCAUACCCCGACAUCAAUCCAGCACUGCUCUCCAGAUUAGCGACAUACCCUCAGGAGCAAUUACUGGCAGCCAUGGAGAAGUUUGGCUUGAAUCACAGAGCGGAAGCUCUUCAGGACAGCAUAGCUCUGCAGCAGCUGGCAGAAGAAGGGCAGCGGAGAGAUAAAGAGGCCAUGUACUUGGCAAACCUCUUGCACUUGUGGAACCAGAUUAGUCAGAGCAGGGGCUAUCCAGAACAACUGCAAGCCCUCAGACGAGAACUCCCGCGGUCCUACCAAGAUUAUGAUGACACCGGUUUGGCCUCCCGCUCCAUCAGAGCACAGCUCCCCAGGAACCAGUUGGCUCAAGCAACGCAGAGUCAUUAUCGACAAGAUGGUGGGUAUAAAGCCACUGGUCCCCAUCAGCAACAGGAGGAGGUCAGCGAGGAUGGGAUCCCCAUGGAUGAGGGGAUGUUAAGGUUCUUGGUGACGCGAGUUCUCUCAGCAAUGAGUGAAGCAGAGAUGCCCCAGCGCCUCUCGACCCCUCCUUCCCGGCGCCUGCGCCGAUCUUUGCCUGAAAAUCCUCCGGGAACCGCCUCCUCCAACCUUCUGCGAAUCAAACGAAUCGACGACCUCCUUGACCCUGACUAUGUGGCCAAUGGGCUGCUGCGCAGGAAACGCAUUGAUGGAGAUCUAGAGGCUCGGCCUGGACACUACACUGAUCAGCUGCUGAAGUACCUCCCAGACUAAUAACCCCACCCAUGUCAUGUGACUAUAUCUGCCCAUCUGCACCAAUAGCCCCACUCAGAUCUGCCUCCCUGCUCACACUUGCCUUACAUCACCCCCUACACUAGGGAAAGUCAUUCUACCAUUUUGCUGCCAAAUUGCCCUAAGCACAAUAGUAUUUUGUGGCCUCUGUGUAUUGCCCCACGUAAGGCUCUAUAAGGUUUGUUGGACAAUUCUGCAUCACAUCAGUGUGUGGUUAUUGGGUGUGGGGGGGCAGAAUAUGAUAAUAGCUUGUGUAUAUUUACUUCUUACCACCCAUAUAGUGUGCAACUCUCAAGCUACUGGAUCCCUUUCCUGUAAUGCUCUCACUGACAUGCAACAUAUCUGUAAUUUACUGAAUAAUCCCACACAUUCUCUGCACUCUACCUGCUCACCUACACACAAAGCUCUCUACUGGAUCACCUGCCAUGUACUAUAGAUCAUUCCCUAUAAUAACCCCUGCUCUCUACCCAGUCACUUAUCUAUGGCACUUCUUGCACUCUACUGGAGUCCCUCCACUAUAUCAGAUCCCUCACUCACAUCACUCCCCCCACUCUACUGGAUCGCUAGAGUCCCUCCACUAUAUCACAACACUCCCCCCACUCUGCUGGAUCCCUAGAGUCCCUCCACUAUAUCACAACACUCCCCCCACUCUGCUGGAUCCCUAGAGUCCCUCCACUAUAUCAGAUCCCUCACUCACAUCACUCCCCCCACUCUACUGGAUCCCUAGAGUCCCUCCACUAUAUCAAAUCCCUCACUCACAACACCCCCCCCCUGCUGGAUCCCUAUAGUCCCUCCACUAUAUCAGAUCCCUCACUCACCAACCCCCCCCCCCCACUCUGCUGGAUCCCUGGGACUGAUACUGGGAGUUGUGGCAACUCUUUCUGAAUGUGCAACAUGCUCAUGUGUUUGUAAGAGUAUCCGUUCCUUUAGCAGCACAUUGCUCCGCCAUAUAGCUCUGCCUCUGUAUAGAGAUGUAUGUUGGUAUAUGCAUAUAUACUGAGUGUAUCUUUCCUAUAGAUUAUGUUGUGCCCUGCAGUAGGUACCCAUACCCCCACACCUGUCUUAGAUAAGUAGGUUGUACUCUGUACUGAUAUAUAUAUUCUGCCUCUAACUGUAUAUUGCUGUGUAUAAAGCUCUGCAAGACAAA